AUGUUGAUGGAAAAGGAGUACCGGACGGACGAGCUCAGUGAAGGGAUCACUUCUCUGGUGGCGUUCAACGACAAGAUCCAGGCUUUGAUAGACGGGCUGGAGGAGACCUGCAGAAACAUAGAGGAGAACUGCAAGACUCAGAAACAAAGUGUGUGUGAGAGGUUCGACCGAGUGUUUUCCAUCCUGGAGGAGAGACGACGGGCGAUGACGCAGCGAAUCAGCUCCGAGGAGGAAGAGAAGACGGGCCACGCCCAGGCGCUGGUGUGUUGCUAUGGCGACAGCGUGGAGGCCAACAGCAAACUGGUGGAGAGAGCGACGAGCAGCAUGGAGGAGCCGGACAUGGCUGCUUUUGUUCAGGAUUCAAGAGAACUGAUCGCAAAAGUCUUAACAGCGACCAGCUCGUGUCCAGCGGAGACGCUGAAACCAGGUUAUGAGAGUCUGAGUCACUACAGAUUUAACUUCAGCCGACAGGAGAGAGCUCUGAAGAGCAUCGACUUCCUCAGAGUUGUUGAAGACGUUCCUGAAGAACCGGAGGCAGAACGAGAACCAGAGGAACCCAAACAGCCCGCUGUGCAGAACCCGGAACCAAAACCCCAUCAGGAGACCUCUGAGCAGAACCUGGAGUCUGUUUCAGAACCACUUAGAGAGCCGAUCCCGGCACCGAUAUCUCCACCAGUGGAACCAGCUGCACCAGUAGAGGCGGCUGCAGGUGCGGUGACGGACUCUGUGGAACCUGCAGGGGCGGUUCUGCAUCCGGAGACUGAGGACGAGGACUUAAAUGACGAAGGAUCUGGUGUGAUGAAGAACAUGAAGGAGGAGGAGGAGGAGGAGGAGGAGGAGGGAUGUGCAGCUCCUGAUCCUGUUAAAGAGGGAACCGUCUGUGAGGAGCAGGAGGGAAUGAGCACAACUCAGGCUGUCACUCUGCUCUUCUACCUGUUGGCCGUCCUGGUCAUCCUGCAGAGGGUUUGGGCUUACAUCGGCUGCUUCAUUUGCACGUAACUCCAGCAGGAGACACCUCCACCCUCACAGCUGCACCGCUCAGACGGAGACUGAGACAAGGAGUCCUCCUCAGAUCAGUCCUCCCCUCUGCUCCUCCUCCUCCUCCUCCUCCUCCUCCUCCUUCUCCUCUUUCACCCUGAGCGAGGCUCCUCGUCGGCCCAGUUUCUGCUUCUCGUGGCUGAAUCCCCUCCACAAGAAGAAGUAGAGGAGGAGAGGAGCGUCUGAAGAUGAUGUUGCGGAGAUAAAGAAGGAAAGAGAGAUGAGACUGAGAGACUGGAAACACUUGUUUUUUUGAUAAAACUCCAGUUACAGUGUUUAUAUCAACAGUUUGUAUUGUUGUCAAUAGUUUAAAAUAUAUUUGAAAAACACAGCACAUCUGUGUUACAG